AUGGCCGCCGCCCUCCGCUCCUCUUCCGCCGCCCCCGUGCACCGCGCCCUCCUCAUAUCCCAGGCCGCCUUGUCAACGCUGCCUUCGCCGUCACGCCCUGCCACGGUGGCGCCGUUCUCGCGCUCGGUCGCCGCCAUCUCAGGUGCCAGCAAUGCUUUCUCAUGGAACUUCAGACGCUUGCUCAGUUCCAAAAACAAAAAAAGACGCCUUCCCAGUUCAGAUGAGAAGCGUCUUCUUGCAAAGUCUGACUCAGAAAUUGAAACUGUUCUUAAGGAUCUGAAGGCUAUUGACUUGCGCAGUUCAAAUCCGCCUGCAAUAUCUGACCCAGAAAUUGAAACUGCUCUCAAGGAUUUGAUGGCUGCUAGCUGGAAUGAACUUCCACGUUCUCUUGUAGAAGAAGCAAAGAAAGCAGUAUCCAAAGCUACCAAUGAUGUGACGGGUCAAGAGGCUUUGAAAAAUGUAUUUCGUGCAGCUGCGGCAUGUGAAGAAUUUGGUGGAGUUUUAACUGACCUAAGAAUGGCUCUUGACGAUCUUUGCGGUCUAACAGGCGUGAUCGUGGGACCCUUGCCUGGUUAUGUAGAAGAUGCUGUUAUGUCCACAUAUGGUCGAUACAUGAGAUAUCUGGAAUCAUUUCACCCUGAUGAAUAUUAUCUACAAAAGAAGGUGGAGACAGAGUUGAGGACAAAAAUGAUUCACCUUAAAAUGAGAUGCACUGGCAUAAGGUCCGAGUGGUUAAUGUUAUUCCUGAAUCGGGAGUUUCUUAGGCCAAGGGCACGAGGGAAGUCUGCAGAUAAGAGCGGUGGCAGAACAUCCACGGACUGAAGCAAAGGUGCAUCUCAGAAACAGGUGCUUGGUAUUCUUUUCGGUCAUUUAUAGCGUGAAUUUGGUUCUUUCGAUGCCUCUGGGAGAUUGCAGUCAUUCCUUGUAUCCAAGCAUCUUCAACCUGAAAAGCCUGACCACCUGGCGUUCAUGUCCCCGACUCAUGAAGUACGAUGUUUCUGUUUUAUUUCUGGGGGAUCAAGAGUUACAAAAACUGUUUGUGUGCUAGUUAAUAACUCAAGAUUGUAAAUACUUUCAGUUUCAGAAUGGUCACCUGACCCCAACCAUGUGUAACAGGCCGCCAUGCUGAAUUGCAUGGAAACAUGUACUUAGUAGUUUUUUCCACUCCCUC